GAAGAUGCGAAUCGUCUCGUGCUUCGGUUUCAUCACCCGUCGAAUGGGUUGCAUCCGUCUUAGCUGUUACCAAGUCCCGUAGCCUCGCCGAACGGGUACCGCAGCGUCGCGACUGAACGUGCGGCCACGAUGAUGGUGCUAGGCGCCGCGUUCGCGGCCUCGUGCCUGGCCGGCGCCAUCUUCGUGCUCCUGCUACAGGUCUACCUCAUGUUCCGGGCGAUGACGUUGCCCGCGCUGCACCGCGAGAAGGUCGGCAAGAAGUACGCGCCAGCCACCAUACCUCAGAAACUUCUCAAGGCCGUCCAGGCUGAAGAUUGGAAAAAAGAGCGCGACACAUUGCUCGUGGCCAACCUCGCCAGCCAGUUUUUAUUCAGAGAGUGGAAGGAAUCUGCUCUAAUUCGCCGCGUCUUCUUUUCUAAAAUAAACAAGGCAUUUCGUGCGGUUCUUCGUGGUCCCGCUAGCAAGGUCUUAAGCAAACUACAGAUACGAGAGAUUGACUUCGGUAACGACUUCGUGAGCGUCAACAAGAUGGCAGUGGAAAGUGUCACUCUACAUGAGAUUUGGAAGACAAUAGAGGAGCUGGACAUGUUCUGCAGCUUCGAGUACCCGGGUGGCUUCUCCAUUGGCAUUGACGCUGAGCUCAGCAUGGGAGCACUGGCGUCCGUGGUCAUCAAGGUUCAACACUUAGCAAUCAAAGGCCGCCUGCAAUUUUCCCGGAAGCCAUACACCCACUGGUCCUUCGCCUUCUACGAGGUCAGUUGCACGGUUUACCCGUACAAUAGAGACUGA